GCUAACUGCUUCGCGACGACGUUGCACUUCAUCGCUUUGCUCGGCUCGGAUAGCAACCUAACCGGCCGCCGGGAAGUCACUUGACAUCGAAUGCCGCACACGCGUAGGCUUGCAGUUUGAAUAGAGAUGCAGUUCGACGCGCAGCAAGAUUCCGCCGCAGCUCCAAACUGGUUGAACGAUCGCUUUCUGCAGGAAGUGAUACGCAAAGCCAAAACCGACGGUACGAUUUCGCUCUACCAUAGCUGCAAGGUUCGGCCAGGUGGUCGGGAUGGUGUUCAGCAUGCGAGCAAUCUCUUCCGCACCACUGUUCAUUAUCGGUCCAAACGAGAGCCGCGGGAGCAGGCGAUCGAUUUGAUAAUGAAGAUCGACCGUGGGAUGAGAAGUGAUGCGCAAUUUGCGACGGAAAUCCGGAUGUACAAGGAGGUUCUGCCGGCGAUGGAGCAAGUGCUGAGAGAUGUCGGAGAAACUAUGGACGUUCCAAAAUACUUUUUUUCGACCAGCGAUCCUCGCAAUUUGAUCGUAAUGGAAGAUUUGUUCCCUUCUGGAUGGGUUCAAAAACGGGAGCUGCAUUCUUUCGAUGAUGCAAAAUUGUGCAUUGAAGCAAUUUCUAAAUUUCACGCAACAGCUUACGCUCUGGACAAGAAAUCCAAACUAGUUUCUAGCAUUUCGCGUGGAAACGUGGACAUCCAGAAAAUGGUUUCAGCAAUAGACUCGCUGAUUGAGUCCCUUUGCACGCGACCUGGUUGCAGUCAGAUUGGAUCGAAACUACGCUCCCUCAAACCACAAUUCCAAGCUAAGCUGAAACAGAUUUUCAGUCCCGCGAAUCGCGAUCAUUUCGUCUGCAUCCUGAACCAUGGUGACAUCAAUGUGAGCAACCUCUGGUACAAAUCGCACCCGGACAGUAAAGUGGCGAUGAUCGACUUCCAAAACUGCCACUGGGGAACGCCGGCCAUCGAUUUGUUGGGUUUGCUUGAUUUGGUUCUGGAUCGGAAGCUGAGAAGAUCGCAGAGUGAUCGAUUGAUUCGCGAAUAUCAUCAAAGGCUGACGGAUUCUCUUGCUCGGUUGGGAUAUAGAGGGGCGCCAUUCAGCUUGCAGGAGCUUGUAAAGGAGCUUCGCAGUUGCGUCGUUCUUGAACUGCUGCACUUGGCAAUGCGAAUUCAACGAAAAGGAGACAGUCAUGUAGACGACAACAGAAUUGACAGGGGAGCUGAUGAUGAGCUACAGCAGGAUUUGAGCGAGUUGAUGCGCAGAGGCAUCCUUGAUUAAAAUUUAUUUUUCAACGCUUGCAAAACUUGAAAAUAAACACACCAAAUGAUUAUCAGUAAAAAUAUUUGUCCACUAAAUCGAAAAAUAAAUCAAUCAAUAAAUGUA